GAUCCGGAAAUUACCGCGUGCGGGGAAGGGGACCACCCCGGCAAUGUGGCCGAUCCCACCCGAUGGCCCCUCUGGCGAAAGUGGUCGAUUGUUGUUUGUAUCGCCUUGAUGUAUAUGCUCGCAAAUUUCGGAACGAUCAUCAUUGUACCUGGAGUGCCCCGGAUUCUUUCCGACUUUCAUGCCUCGCGAGAUCAUCUUUAUGAACCCCUCAUCGUCUCCAUCUGGGAACUGGGUGAGGGUGUCGGGUCCUUUCUGGUGGGACCACUGUCAGAGCAGUAUGGUCGCAGCAUCGUCUAUCAUGGCGGCAAUGUCCUCUUUAUCCUGUGCUCGGUGGCGGCAGCCUUGAGCGUCAACAUUGGGAUGUUGGUGGCUUUCCGCUUCAUUAAUGGCCUGGCCAUAACUACCAUCACCCUCGCCCCCAGUAUCAUCGGGGAUCUCUUCAUCCGAGAAGAGCGCGGGGCCGCCAUGGCGCUGGCCAUCACUCUCCCUCUUAUCGGUCCCUGCGCGGCCCCGAUCGUGGGUGGAUACGUGACCAGUACCCUCGGUUGGCGAUGGGCGAUCUGGAUCAUGGCCAUUGCGGUGGGAAGCGUUUCCCUCUGCUCCCUGAUUGUGAUCCGAGAAACCUACCGGUUCAAAAUCAAGAUCCGAAACCAAGACCAACCAUCUGAGCCUCGUGGUCCCCGCGAGACCAAGCUGCAGACCGUCCUCCGCCCCGUCCGCCUGCUCUUCUCCUCUCCCGUGGUUCUCGUCACUUCCCUAUACACAGCCCUAACCUACGGCAUUUCCUACCUCAUCCUCACCACCCUCUCGGAGAUCAUGCACGAAAUUUACGGCUUCAGCCAAGGACCCAUCGGACUCACCUUUCUCGGUCGAGCAAUCGGCAACCUCAUCGGCCUAGCCCUCUACGGCCUGACCUCCGACCGCUACCUGCAACACCGCCGCCAAACCACCGGCCAGUCAGUCCCCGAAGACCGCCUGCCACUAAUGUUACUCGGGACGAUCCUCCUCCCCAUCGGAUUAUUCCUCUACGGCUGGUCCGCCCACUUCCACAUCCACUGGAUCGUGCCUCUUAUCGGGACGGGAAUCGUCGGAGCGAGCCUCAUCCUGACCCACCUUCCCACGGAGAAUUACCUCGUGGACGCGUUCGACCCCGAUGGCACAUCAGCGUCGGUGCUAGCGGCGAACGCGACGCUCUCUGCGCUGUUUGGGGCCCUGUUUCCGUUGGCAGGGCCAGCCUUGUACCGGACGCUAGGGAUCGGGUGGGGCAAUUCUCUGUUGGCGUUUGUGUCGGUGGCGUUUUUGCCGCCGUUUGUGAUGCUGUGGAUGCAUGGGGAGCGGUUGAGACGGGAGGGGUGGGGGGGUUUGUGGGUGAUUCUGCCGUGGUUCGGUGGAACAGUUGAGGGUUUGGGUGGUCAUGAGACACGGGCUGGAGAGCAUUCCCCUGAAGCUGAGAAGAGGCCACAUCGGAGGAAGGAUGAAGAGAAUUCUCAGAAAGGGCAGCCGGGCGAACAUGGUGAGGGAUGAAGUAUGAGUCUGUUGAACACCAUCGCAGUUAAUGGCUCUGUUGGAUGUAUAAGAAGCAGCUUUUCAAUGCGCGACCAGGACGCGACAUUGCUGUCUCGUGACCGUCACAGGAUGCACAGACUCGGGAAUA